GCUCCUGUUGCACGAGUCUGGUGUUUUUCCACUGUCUCCGUUAUUACAUGCGCUCCCCAUAUAAGACAGAAGUCGGGGGGAGAGGGAGUCAAAAUUAUAUGCGUUGCCUCUCACCUCACUUCACCUCAACACAAGAAGACAAAAGAAACAUCAGAGGGACUUGAAUAAUAAAUUGCGUUGACAGUAUGGCACAGAAGGAAAAGCUGCAGUGUCUUAAAGAUUUCCAUAAAGACACGUUGAAGCCGUCUCCAGGUAAAAGUCCCGGGACGCGUCCGGAAGACGAGGCGGAUGGAAAGCCACCACAGCGGGAGAAGUGGGCCAGUAAGCUGGAUUUCGUGCUCUCCGUGGCCGGAGGUUUCGUUGGUUUGGGGAACGUUUGGCGUUUCCCGUACCUCUGCUACAAGAAUGGCGGAGGUGCAUUUCUCAUCCCCUACUUCAUAUUUCUGUUUGGUGGUGGUCUGCCUGUCUUCUUUCUGGAGGUGGCACUUGGUCAGUUCACUUCUGAGGGAGGAAUCACCUGUUGGGAAAAACUGUGCCCUAUUUUCACUGGGAUUGGCUACGCCUCAGUGGUGAUCGUGUCUCUGCUGAACGUCUACUACAUUGUGAUCCUGGCCUGGGGUCUGUACUACCUGCUUCAGUGUUUUCAGCACGAGCUGCCCUGGGCUCGCUGCCGUCACAGCUGGAACACGGAGAACUGCGUGGAGGACACCGUCCGUAAGAACAAAACGCUGUGGCUCUCCGCCAACGCCGUCAACCUCACCUCACCCGUCACUGAAUUCUGGGAGAGGAACGUCCUGAGCAUAUCUUCGGGGAUCGAUGAGGUCGGCGGGCUGAAGUGGGACCUGGCGCUUUGCCUGCUGGCCGUUUGGAUCAUCUGCUUCUUCUGCAUAUGGAAAGGAGUGAAAUCCACCGGCAAGGUGGUUUAUUUCACAGCCACGUUUCCUUUCCUCAUGUUGAUUGUUCUGCUGGUUCGAGGUGUGACGCUGCCUGGUGCGGCUGAGGGCAUCAAGUUUUACCUUUAUCCUAAUUUGACUCGUCUGCAGGACCCUGAGGUGUGGAUUGAUGCUGGCACUCAGAUAUUUUUCUCUUAUGCCAUUUGUCUUGGUGCUAUGACAUCACUGGGAAGUUACAACAAAUACAAAUAUAACUGCUACAGGGAUUGCAUGCUACUCGGGUGUCUGAACAGUGGUACCAGCUUUGUGUCGGGCUUUGCCAUCUUCUCUGUGCUGGGCUUCAUGGCGCAGGAACAGGGCAUAGCCAUCGCUGAUGUGGCCGAGUCAGGUCCUGGUUUAGCCUUCAUCGCGUACCCAAAGGCCGUUACUAUGAUGCCACUGCCAACGGUCUGGGCGAUACUUUUUUUCAUAAUGCUUCUGCUGCUGGGCCUUGACAGUCAGUUUGUAGAAGUGGAGGGUCAGAUCACAUCUCUGGUUGAUCUGUACCCAUCCCUCCUAAGGAAGGGAUACCGGAGAGAAAUCUUCAUCGCUGUUAUCUGCGUCAUCAGUUAUGUGCUGGGACUCACCAUGGUCACUAAAGGUGGCAUGUACGUCUUUCAGCUGUUUGACUAUUACGCGGCCAGCGGUGUUUGCCUUCUCUGGGUUGCAUUCUUUGAAUGUGUUGCAGUAGCCUGGGUUUACGGGGCUGAUAAUUUCUAUGAUGCUAUAGAGGACAUGAUUGGCUACAGACCCAAUGGUUGGAUGAAGUGGAGCUGGAUGCUGAUAACGCCGGUCCUCUGUGUGGGUUGUUUCGUCUUUUCAAUGGUGAAAUACAAGCCACUCACCUAUAACAAGCUUUACAAGUAUCCUGAUUGGUCGAUUGGAUUGGGUUGGACUCUUGCACUGGCUUCUAUGAUGUGCAUCCCGAUGAUGGUCGUCAUUAAAAUCAUUCAAUCAGACGGCUCCCUGAUAGAGCGGAUCAAAGCUGUGGCCGCACCGGUUAAAGGGGGGGCAAGCUCUCGUCCCAAAGAAUACAACCUGAAGAACAGUGAGCUGCUUCAUCCCCUGGAUCCCAACGGCAUUCACGCCUUCACCAAACACAGCCACACCGUCGUAGAAACCACAAUGUGACGCUCUCUAAGAGAGAUUUCCAAAUUCUCCUUCACUUCGAUGGAGAUCCCAUUUCAAGUCUAUGUCUCCUCCUUUCUGUUUCUGUAUAAAUGUAGUUUGGUUUUUAUGAAUAUUAUCGAGAAAUGAUUUUACAGUAAAGUAUCUGUUUUUAUUAUUGUAAUCGCUGGUGUCAGCAUUAUAGCUGAUAUUGGUAUACGGUAUCAUGAUGUGUUUAGCCAUCCGGGGCAGUUUGUUGAAUCUAUAGUAUUCCUCUGUGUAGGCAGAAAACUUUCACUGGAGUCUUGCCAGUGUUAGUCAAGUGUGAGAGAUGUUUGUAUAAAGUUAUAACUUCAUUUUUCUUACAGCGAGACAACAGCAAACUCGACGUGACAUUUGGCUACAUAAUAACGUCUGUCCGUGGUUGUGGCUGUAAAUGUUGUACGAUGAGAUACGUAAAAUUCUUUGUCUUGAUAAAAAUGAAUGUACCUCUGCUUCAGGGCGGAUGCUGUGCACAAAUACAUACAAGCACACAUAUCAACCUGAUCUCGUGGGAAUUUGAAUGUUUUUAUGAGUUGCCUAAUUCGUACGAGUUUGUACGAAGUGAAUGCUAGAAAAAACAAUAAUGAUACCCCAACCCCAACGUCACAGUGGCGAAAGCAAAUAGUACAAAUUUGAUCGUAUAAAUUCUUGCGAAUUAGCCACCUCAUAAAAUAUGUACUCUAUACAAAAUUGCCAUGAGAUUGCGUCACACACAUACGCAAACACAUAAGAAAUCCUUUUCUGAACAACACAACACUUUGUCCUUUAGUUUCUCCUUGAAUCACUGCCAUUGCGUGCAUACACAGUUGCUUUAAAACCGCAGGCAGCUGUGUUCACGUUUAAUAUAUGAAUCAUUUGAUGCACUAUUAUAAGCUUCAUUUAUUGUAAGAUGAUAUCUGAGAGCUGUUGUUUAAUAAGAUCACACAAGGCCAUUUGGCUGCAGCAUGUCAAUACAUUGGGGUCCAUAAGUCUGAGACCACUAAAAUACUUUGCAUUUUUGUAUGUUAUAUUAUUAGAAUUAAGAUUUGAGUAAAAGGUUUACUUUAUGGUUGUUGCGUCUAUUUUUCUUUAAUGUUAUGAGCACUAAAGCUGUCAGGGAGUUUAUGGUAAACCUGAUGAGCAUCUUGUGUGCUUUAAAAGAUACAUAAACUUUUAAAAAGGAGUUAAAGGGAUAGUUCACCCCAAAAUGAAAAUGUUGCUGAACACAAAGGAAGAUAUUUUGAGCACCAUUGACUUCCCUAGUAGUAUUUUUCCUACUAUGGAAGUCAAUGGUGCUUCUGUUUUUUGCUUCAUUAUAAAUAUCUUCAUUUGUGUUAAGCAGAACAAAUAAAUGUAUACAGUUUUGUAACAACUUGAGAAUGUUCAUAUUUGGGUGACUAUUCCUUUAAGAUGGUCACAAAUUUGUUUGCAUUUGUUUUGCAUCCUAAAACUUUACAUUCCAAUUUAAAUUCCAGAUUUUUUUGUGGUCUUAGACUUUUAGAUCCCUGUGUCACAUGAUCUUAUAUCGCCAAACUGCUCGUCGAGUCUAGAACAAUCAUUAGCUUUCAGGAGGACACCUGGGCUUUAAAUCCUUGCACAGAGACACUGCCAGUUCCUUAAAACUCACAUGUGCAAUCGUCUCUUUAAAUGAGCCUUAAAAACUUGAAAUAUUCAAGAUAAUUACCAAGAGCAAAGAACUGCCCCAAUUUAAUACCCCAAUGUCCUUUACCCUUAAACCCUCUGACCUCACAUUUUAAUCAUCUGACCUUUACCCCUGAACCUUUUUAGAUUUAGUUCAACCUUCUGUCCUACCCUGCAUACACACUUCUCUAUAAGCUAAUGUUAACAAGUGUUUGUUCCUCUUUAGUAUUUCAUUCACCUAAAACUUGCCUUUUUGUAUUAAAGCAUUUUAUACUG